AUGAAUAUACCUGCACACAACCCGUACGAUGUGCUCAAAGAAACAAUCCCUCGUCCUAUAAAAGUUUCAGAAGAGAAGCGCAUUCAGCUCCUUCUGUCUUGGAUUCAAUUGGGAAAUCUUAGGCCGUCGCAGUUGUUGCGUCAAACGCGUGCGUUAGUUGACAACACCACGCUCGACGACUCCGUAUCACGUCAGAUUUGGCUUCAGUGGCUUCCGCCAUACGUCCAGAGUAUUCUGAACGUUUUCGCCCACGUCCAUAGUCCAGAACAACUAGCUGAGUGUGCUGACAGAACCGUGGAGCAGGUCCAACGUUUUCAGUCCCCAAUGGCGAACAUUGAGAGCCCGAAGCCAAGCAUCAUUCAACAGACGCUCCCCAACCCUACUCCCGGUAAGCUGCUCUACAAGCCCACGACAGAAGUGCAGCUUUUGUCUCAGCAGUUGGCCGACCUUCGCUUAGCUAUGGCCACUAUGCAGACCAUAAUCAACAAUCUGCAAACUACCCGCACGACCAGUAGUCGUUCCCGGUCAAUUAACGGGCGCAGGCGAACCCCAUCUCUGGCGGUCCGUGCUACUACCACAGACUUUUGGAAAUCAAGCUAG